CCUGCGGUGCCCCGGACUGCUCUUGCCACUGGCACUCGGGCCGGCCUUGGCCACACACACCCCACGCCCGCCCAUGGAUUUUGCUGCUGGAGCCUUUGGAGGCGUCUGCGGCGUCGCUGUGGGCUACCCGCUGGACACAGUCAAGGUCAGGAUCCAGACGGAGCCCAGGUUCACAGGCAUCUGGGACUGCGUCCGGGACACGUAUCGCCGAGAGCGGCUGCCGGGCUUCUACAGAGGCCUCUCGCUGCCCGUCUGCACCGCGGCGCUGGUCUCGUCCGUGUCCUUCGGCACCUACCGCCACUGCCUGGCGCGCAUCUGCCGGGCCCGCUACGGCAGCGCCGACGCCAAGCCCUCCAAGGCCGACGUCACGCUCUCGGGAUUCGCCUCGGGCCUCGUCCGUGUCUUCCUGACGGCGCCCACCGAGGUGGCCAAGGUCCGCCUGCAGACUCAGAAGCAGGCGCAGCCGCGCCGGGCCUCAGUCUCCAGUCCCGCGGCCGCGCCCCCGCUGUGCCCCGUGGCCCCCGCGAGUCCCGGGUCGGGGCCCAAGUACCGCGGGCCACUGCACUGCCUGGCCACGGUGGCCCGAGAGGAGGGCCUGCGGGGGCUCUACGCGGGCAGCUCGGCCCUGCUGCUGCGUGACGGCCACUCCUUCGCCACCUACUUCCUGUCCUACGCCCUCCUGAGCGAGUGGCUGACCCCCGCCGGCCACAGCCGGCCAGACGUGCUGGGCGUGCUGCUGGCCGGCGGCUGCGCGGGGGCCCUGGCCUGGGCUGUGGCCACCCCCAUGGACGUGAUCAAGUCACGCCUGCAGGCGGACGGCCAGGGCGGGCGGCGCUACCGGGGCCUCCUGCACUGUGUGGUGAGCAGCGUGCGCGCCGAGGGCCCGCGCGUGCUCUUCAGGGGGCUCGCCCUCAACUGCGGCCGCGCCUUCCCCGUCAACAUGGUGGUCUUCCUGGCCUACGAGGCCGCGCUCCGGCUCACCCGCGGCCUGGCCCCGUCGUGCCCCUGACCACUGCCCCGACAGAGGGGCCCGGGGUCCUGACAGGGGCCUCCGCGCCGGGGACCGUCCCCGGGAGAAGCUGGGCGGUGGCCUCCCGUGGCCCCCACCCACCCAGUCCCCACGACGUCCCCUCAGACGCCCGGGGGGUCUCUGCCGGCCCACCCCGCCC